CAGUAUUUGAAUUACUGAGUCAGUUGAAUUAACUCCCAAACAAAUUCAGUGGUACUCAGUCAAGGUUAGAGUACAGGAUACACCUAUAAAAACUGUGUGGCUAGUUAGAGAUGAUCAGUAAAUAUUUAUGAAGGAUUCAUCCCAUUUAAUCAAGUAAGCUUUAGAAAUGCCUAAAGACAGGAAGUUCAUUGACCAGCUAAGCUGCUUGUGGAUUAUGGGUACAAGUGCCAGCACGGGUCCACAGACAGUUUCAGUAGCACCCCCUUCUGAAGACACUCAAAGCAGAGGAGAAAUGGACAACCGUCGGUCAGCCAGUAUUCAGUCAUUCCAGACUGUCAGUAUCCAUAGCAAUAAAGCAAAAUCUAUCAUCACCAACAAAGUUGCCCCUGUAAUGAUUACAUAUAAUUGCAAAGAAGAGUUUCAGAUUCACGAUGACUUACUUAAGGCUAACUACAUCACUGGACGGAUUUCUGACAUAAUGCCAGAGCACUACCUUGUACAGGGUAGCUAUUUUAUGGUCCGUGAUGUAUAUAGUAAAUUGGAUGUUUUGAAUACUGUGGGCAGCAUGGGGGCACCAAACUUUAGACAAGCAAAAAAAGACUACCCUGUUUUUGGAAUGGGACAGCCUAGUCUGAAUGGCUUCAGGCAAGUACUGCAAAAACUUCAAAGUGAUGGCUACAAGGAAAUGAUCUACUUUUGUGUUCGUGAAGAGCCCAUUGUAUUCCUUCACAUGGAAAAUGAUUUUAUACCCUACACACCAAGAAGAAGGGAAAACCUGCAUGAAAAUCUGCAUAACCUGGGUAAAGGAGUUAAAGUAGAGAAAUUGGAGCUCACAAUCAAGAAAGAGUUACAUGACUUUGCCCAGCUAAAUGAAAAUGUAUACUACGUGUAUAAUGACAUUGAACACUUUAAAGAUGAACCUCAUUCCACUCGCAUUAGCUGUGAAGAAGACAUCCAUGUUACAGAGGAAGUCUACAAAAGACCCAUCUUCUCAAUGCCUUCUUACAGGUAUCAUCGAUUACCACUGCCCACAGAUGGAGCAUUGCUUGAAGAACAGUUUGAUACCUUUAUUAAUUUACUCAGGGAAAAUCCAAGUCUGCUGCUAUUGAAAGAAUCAUCUGCCUCACUUCCUGCACUGCUGUUCAGCUGCCAGGUGGGGGUCGGCAGGACUAGCUUAGCCAUGAUCCUUGGGGUCCUUGUUCUUUACCACCGUAAGGGAUGCACAGAAAGACAGGAAAUUUCCGAGAAUGCUAAGGCUGCUUCUAAGGAGCGUUUUCAGGUUAUUCAGGACUUCAUCAGCAUGGUUCCAAAAGGAGAACAAAUUGUGGUGGAGGUGGAUUAUGCUAUAUCCCUGUGUUCAGAGAUGCAUGACAUUAAAGAAGAAAUCUAUGAGUACAAAAAGAAACUGGAAGGCAUUGGAGAAGAUUACCAGAUUCAGUACUCGCUGGCCUUUGCGUUGCCCUUCAGCAGAUGGAUGACUGGCUGCCCUUGGAUAUACAGGCUGCUGUCAAACAUGAAUAUGGCAGAGAUUAAUGCACCUGGAGAGCUAAUAACCAAAGGGACACGAGUUUUAGUACUGGAUGAGAGAUUCAAUUCUGAUGCACUCAGCACAGUGAGAGAAAUGAAGGUUGCAAAUUUCAGGAGAGUACCAAAAAUGCCUGUUUAUGGCCUGGCACAACCAAAUUCUGAGGCAACUGCGUCUGUGCUGGGUUAUCUCACUGAUGAAAGGAGAAAAUAUGUCAACGUCCUGUGGGUGAAUCUUCGAGAUGAGGUUGUGCUUGAGGGGAAUGGACAGGUUUUCAGUCCUCGAGACCCAGCAAACAUUGAACUGCAAAUUACAGUACCUGCUACCUCACUUGAACAACUGGAGAAACUCGAGACAACAGCGAAGAAUGAAAUACUGGCAUCUCAGAAGUGGCUUGAAGUUUACCUGGAGCAGGAGAAACAGAUGAAACUGUUUAAGACGUGUCAGACAAUGCAGGAAGUUUUCAAUCAACAAAAGAGCACAUUCCAAGGAUUGCUGUAUAGGAGAAUUCCUAUUCCAGACUGCUGCUCGCCACGAGAGCAGGACUUUGACCGACUUUUAGAGGCAAUGAAGACAGCAUUAGCAGAAGAUUCGCACACAGCCUUUGUGUUUAACUGCAUUAGUGGUAAAGGAAGGACUACGACAGCCAUGGUUAUGGCUGUUUUAAUACUCUGGCACUUUAAGGGUAUUCCUGAAGUCAGCGAUGAUGAAAUUGUCAGUGUACCUGAUGCCAAAUACACCAAGGGAGAAUUCGAGGUUGUGAUGCAGCUGGUGAGAUUGUUACCUGAUGGGAACAAAGUGAAGAAGGAAGUUGACAUGGCAUUAGAUGCAGUGAGUGAGACAAUGACGCCUAUGCAUUAUCACCUGCGAGAAAUAAUCAUCUCUACCUACAGACAGAUGAAAACUGCAAAAACCGCAAAAGAGACAGAGUUAUUACAGCUGAGAAGCCUUCAGUAUCUUGAACGAUAUAUUUACUUCAUUCUGUUUAACACUUACUUACAUCUGGAAAAGAAAGACUCUUGGCAGCGACCGUUCAGUGUCUGGAUGUACGAGGUGGCUGCUAAGGCUGGAGUCUAUGAGAUUCUGAAUCAGCUUGGAUUUUCUGAAUUUGAAAACCCAAACAAUGUGCCACCUUCCAAGCUUCGAUUUCGAUGGCAGAGACAGAAUAUCUCACCCUUGCCAUUCCGAGGAACGUUCAUCUAGAGUUGCUCAUAGUGAACCGCCAAACUAUCAGUACCAUUUGAACUCUUUUAAUGCCUUAAAAGACUAGAUAUAGAGCAAUGUUUUAUACUUUUGUAUUUUUGUAAAUUAAUUGUAAAAAGUUAAUUGAAGUGUGUUGACUUCAGGAAUGACAGAGCCUUCUACAGCUGAGCGAGUGAUGGACAGUAGCAGAGUCUUGGCAUGCCUAGAGUAAGGCUCAUCUCGUUGUCUCCUACCUGCUUUUAGCUCCAAACAGCUGAGACAUUCUAAGUGCAAAGGCUGCAAAUGGUCAGACUUGCCUAUAUGUCAUUAUGAAUUAUAAUCAUUUACGUGUAAUUUACAAUACUAACUUGCAUCACAGUCCUACAGAAUUUGUAUUUUAUAAAGCAUACUUCUGUAAUUCUUUCUGUGUCUAAUACCCAGCAGUGUUGAGUAAUACAGGAACAGUUCCCUGUUUGUAAAUAUUCCUGCAAUGAAAGUCAAGAAUGCUUAGAAAUAUGUUUUAUGAGAAGGUAGAUGGUCAGAAAUAUUAAGAAAGCAGUGCAGAUGCAAAUACCUAUGGAGAGGUGGACUAGAUUAUCAACUGUGCAUACAGAAAAACAACUGCAUUCUUCAUAUGUCUGAAUAAAUAUCCUAAUGUAUUAUUUGAAGUUGGCACAAUUUAAACAACUUGAACUUUAAAUCAGUAAUGUCUCGCAAGUGAACCUUAUCUUAACAUUUCAAGGUAUUGCAAUGUCUAUUUACUAGAACGUUGGUCUUUUAUAUCAACAGCAUGUAAUUAUGUGACAUGUAUGCACACUGGAUAAUAUUUGGGACUUUUGUAAAAUUCUGAAAAUCAGUUGUGCUGGUAUAAAUUUGAAAAAAAAUGUGGCAUGUUCUGGUUAUGUUGACUGUCCUAAGUUAAUGUUUUUUUUAUCCUUCCAUUCGCCUACUGGUGUUGUUUCUUUUAUCUAAAGCUGUACAUAGAAGGAAAAAUAUGAAUCAGUCUGUUACAUAAAUAUUGACAAGUCGUAUAUA